AUGGACAACUUGGAAGAAGCUUGCUCAGACUUGAGUUUUCUCAAACAGUUGCUCAAGACUGCUCGAUCUAUAGAUGAUAAUAUCAUUCCUAAACUCAAUGGUGUCACUACUAGAGCUGAUCGCACAGAGUCUUGUCAGAUAUUUUUUCAAGCCUUGCAUGAUUCCUACCAACAGCGACACAGGUUGAUUCAUCAAUGCAUUGACUACAUUGACGAUAGAAUUGACAAAUCCAAAGACAUGCCAUCCACAAUGGAUUCAAUAGUGCGCCAAAAAAUGCGAUUAAAUCAUGUUUUGAAAUUGCAACUAGAAUCAGAAUUGACUGUGGAGAGUAUUGUCCGAUCCAGAACACAGGCAGUCUUUAACAGUAAAUGUAGAGGUGUUCCAAAAACUCUAGAUAACAUUUGGUCUUUUGGAGAAACUAGAAUCAUUCAUGCUCUAAAUAUCUCAGAUUCACAAGAUGAUCAAAUUACUCGGAAGCUUCAAAUCACUAUCACUGGAUAUAAACUCAUUAGUCCUGAACAAAGGAUAUAUGGCUCUGAUGGAGUGAUUGACCCACUCAAAUUACAAUCCGUACUAACCAGUUCCAACGCAACUAUAAAUUCGAUUGUAGGAAUGUUCAAAUUCAGAAGGAAUACAAUCAUUAUGCCAACUCUUCGUGACAUGGCUGUAUACGAAUCUCUCCAGUAUAUUCGAUCUAUCCAACCUACGCCGUCAAAGCAUCUCGAUCAUCAGCUUUUAGCCUUGCUUACCUCAUCAAUGGAUGAUCCAGCUACUAUGUCACAAACAUUUGGAUUCAUGUAUAAACCUUUUACCAAUAAUCCAAGGGAAUCUAAAGUCGAGUUUAAACGAGUCGAGUGUAAAAUAGCCAACUUGUUUGAUGGUCCCAGCACUGACGAAAACUCUUCCUUGUUAAGUUUUGCUGGCUCAAGUGGAUUUGGACAUACAAAUGGAACGUCAUUGCAUAGAUUGAAGUUGAAUGCUCAAAAAUAUCAAGCUGAAAAUGCAAACAUAUUUACUGAUUCCAUUGUAGAUCUCAAGAAUGCCGUGACAAAGUAUGUCGAUCGAGAGAAUAGGACUCGACCUGAAAUGAUUCAAAAACGAAUGGAAAAGAUGCAAGCAUCAUCACCAUUGUACAAGUUUGGGUUACUCCAACAUUCAGAAUCUGCAAAUCUAACUGAAUUGAGUCAUUUGUAUCCACCAUUCAAUCAUGACUCGAGUGCAUAUUCCCAUUCAUCUUCCUUUAACCCCACAGACAAAGUGCCCAUAACAGAUGAUAUUUUAAUUGAUAUAUAA